AUUUGACUUUUGCGCUAACUGAAAAUACAACAGCGAAAAGGAAGAAGGAAAAAGUGACGCCGCCAAGAAAAAGUUGAGAAAUAAAUCAAAUUUCUUAAAAUUCGUGAGCAAGUAGCAUGCCAGGAACAUUAAUGGCCACACAACUGACAACAGUGCAGGUCAAAGGUGCGGCAAUUUCCUUGCCGAAACAAGGAAAUGAAGCAGCGGCGACAAUGCAAAGGCAAGUGCAACAAAAGCAACAAGUGGCCGCCAACGCUAAUAGCAUCAGCAGCAACAACAACAACAACAAUUUAACACAAAUUAUGAAAAAAUUACAAGAUGAUUUUAGUAAAUAUAAAUAUACAGUAUAUCGAUGUGCUUCAAAAUUUAUAGCCCUGCAAAAGAUAUUUCACACUAGCAAAAUUCCUUAUAAAUUGAUAUUGGCCAUAUUGGAUCGACACGGGAUGUCAGCGACCACGGCCAGCAUGAAUUUGAAUCUAAUGGUGCCGCCGUUUCAGUUGACCUCGCUAAUUCAUGAUAUAUACUUUGCCUGCGAGAAAUUGGGACAUUUCAGUAAGAAUUCCAGCUAUCAGCUGGAGAGGAAUACCCAGCUGCUGGCGAAUUUCUUUUGGAACAUCUAUGAUCCACAACGUCGUCAUUCCAUAUCCUUGCUAGAGAUUAAGAUCACGUUUUUGCUGCUAUGCAAAGUGUACAUUAGUGAUCUAUUGAUUGCGGAUUUCUUUGCCCUUCUUGCUGAUGCCAAGACACAGAAUCAAGUGUCGCGUUAUGCUUUCGAACUGAUGCUUGCCACAUUGAGUAAACUGCUGAGCUAUGUGGGCGAGAGCAAGGCCUAUGGUAGUCACAAUUUAAACGAGAUGAUGGAACAAUGCUUUAUGCACCGAAAUAGCGGUUUAACAGAACAGCAAUUCCAUCACAUAUGGACGCAAAGGCAGACCCGAUUCCUGAUCUAUGCCAAUUUAUUGGCUUUAAUUAAACGCAUGGAGGAUACGGAACAUUUGAUACACACAAAUUCCUGCUAUGGCUGCCGCAAGGAGCAUAUAAUUGGCAUACGCUUCAAGUGUCAGGUGUGCAGGGAUGUGUCCCUUUGUUUAUCCUGCUUUGCCACUGGCAACGGCACUGGUGGCAGCAGCAGCAGCAGCAGCGGUGGCAACAAUCCAAGCACAAAUGGUGGCAAGCAUGAGGCAUCGCAUCGCAUGUGCGAGGUAUUCAUGGAGGAUCCAGUGCCAGUGCGACAGAAGUGGCGAGACUAUUUGGCCUGUCUAUGUACGUGGGGAUGGUCCCAAAAGAGUCAACAACAGCGACGGGCAGCCAAGGAUGAGGAGGAGGAGGAACGACGGGGUUUUUGCAAUUCUCCACAAGUCCAUGGGACCGCCGGAAAUCAGGAGCUGGCGGCCAUACCAGCCCAAAUGCGUUCCAUGGAAGAGAAACCGCCAUCCGUUGUUAAGAAACAAGAAGAGAUUCAAGAACUUUGUUCCCUGGCUGGACUGGCCACCAAUGCCUCGGAGCGUAUGCAAUCCAUUAUAGACAGACUAAUAUUACAGAAUGCUAAAUUGGAAACUCAACUUCAAUUAUUGUCCAGCACAUCGAGUGCUCAAAUUUCAGAUUUUCUUAGUUCGCAUCAGAAAUUUCUGUUACAAAUCAUCGAGGAUAUGCGUCAGCUAUCGCUCUCGUCUGCCUCUCCUAAGGCCACGAAUCCCUUGGGCAGUUCCACUUUCGUUAAUGCUAGCACUCCACAACGUCAAAUAUUUGAUAUGUACGCUCCAGUGGGAGCCAAUUUAACCCAUUCGAUCAACGGAGCUGACUUAAAUCGCACUUAUCUGGAGGCCAACAAAUCGGACUAUUCACUGAAUGAUGUUAGCCUUUGGUUUGAUCAACGACGAUCAAGCCUGCAGAACGCUCAGGGUUCGACUCCACUGUCUCUGCCUUGUAUGCCGCCGCUUAAUGCUCUGCUCGAGCAUCCUGUUGUCCAUGGCGGUGAUGGACGGGAUACGGAAAUGAUUAAUUUCAAACUACUGCUCAAUAAGGUUAAGGAAAUUGUUGAGGAUUCCUACAGUGACAAUGCUGAGUUGUCGGCGGCCACACAAAAUCUGGAGAAUGUCCUCGAUAAUAUCAUACAAAGCGAAGAGCAGCAACGACAACAGAAUCAGUAACAAAAUCGAGGCGGUAUAAUGAAAGUGCCAAGUCCAUGACAAAGUGCAAAAGAUCCACUGAUUGCAAAUGCUUUAAAUAUGUACAUUUAGUAUUAAGUAAAAUCGAUUUAAUCAGAAUUUUAAGAGUUAUAGUUCUGCAAGCGAUCUAAAGAUCAUAAAUUCAAUUGGCUUAAGUGACAUUUAAAAAUCUUAUAUUCAGAAUUUUUACAAAUUGUUUGAAAUAAUUGUAAGAUUGUAACUAUAGCAGAAGCCUCUUCUCCGUCCCAAUACCAAUUAACUAACUAUCCUAAGACUUUAUCGCCUCACUAACGAUCCAAUAUGGAACAAAAUAAAUAUAUGUAUACAUAUAAGGUAUAUAUCAUCGAAAUCA